AUGGCACCCAUGGGAAAGUCAGCCACCGUGGAGGGUUAUAAAGCCGAAAGAAGUGGAUCGGUUUCAGGCCAAUCGACUCCAUCAUCAUCCCCACCAUCGAUGUCCCCCUCGACUUCCCCGCCCUCAUGUGCACAUUCCAGACAGCCAUCUGGAGGGACUGAGGCCAUCGCGAGCUCUUCUUCCCGCCGUGCACACGCACCUUCCGUCUCAGCUCCACCGCCAGACCCAUCCUCGUUCUCACCAACACAACCAGGACAAGAUACCCAUGGCAUGACGCCCUCCAUCAUCCCGCACUCACCUCCAGCAACAACAACGAAAUCACGACCUAUAGAAAAGAAAGUGUCAGCCUCCGCGCGGGAUCUUCGUCUCGGCUUGACGAUGACACCUACACCACUAGUAACGCCCACAACGCGUUCUAGGGCACAAAAUACAUCGCCUGAGCACGAACCUUCGCAUCACCGUGAUUUUUUUACUGCGAGUAGACGGUGUUCGAAAUGUCGUGAGGUUGUUAAAAGUCCUCGAUCUUCUCCAAACGAACCCUUCUCCCCUCGGCUCCUCCACCUCCCCUGUGCAUCCUGCAACACAAACCACUGCAGGGGCUGCUUCAAACCCACCCGAUGUCCACCCACCUGCUCCGGCGGCCAGUCAUGCCCAGUGCGGACCUGCUGCUCUGCCAUUUGCGCCAUUGCCUUAUUCGAAGUGCUGUGCAGCUUCGAUAAGGAAUACGCGGGGGAGUUUAUCAUUGUUGUGAUUGCGCGUACGGAUAAGAGGACACGGGCGUUUGAGGGGGUGUUGGUGGGUACGUUGAGGAACGUAUCGAGUUGGCUUGUUCAGGCAGCCUCUGCAUCCGAGUCGUCAUCUGGAUCGGGGAUACAUGCCUCCAUACCACGACUAUUCACGGUCUCCCACCUCCCUUCGGUGAUGCACGCCUUUCUAUCGCACACACUUGGCGCAGAGCGCGAUUGGGUGGUUCACAGCGAGGUAUACAUCGCGCUGAUGGACGUGAUCAAGAACCUCUCUUCGAGUUCGAAUGGUGGGGUUUCUGGGGUGAUGAAAGAAGGAAGGAGUUUGGGAGAUGCGGUGAAGAGGUUGGAGAGGCAUCGGCAGGGAUUGGAGAGGUAUGGGAAUAAGUUCAAGUUUGCGGCUAUGGCGGAGAAGAUUGAAAUGCUUUGUGAGGGGAUUUCGUAUUUGUUGUUUCAGCAGCUUGUUGGGGGGUGA